AGAAUCGUCCUUUGCGGCAGGCAAGCCACUUGGUUUCUUUCUCUCUUUUUUUUUGUUUUGAGAACUUCUUAGUUUCCGGUGGUUGUAGAAGGGUUUUGGUUUCUCUCGUUCAGCGCAGAGCAUAUAGAAGAGUAUGGGGACAGAAGAACUGUGGGAUGAUUCUGCUCUUAUCAACGCAUUCGAAGAUGCGAUGUCCAAGUACAAGAAGAUGCAUGGUAAUAAAAUCAAGGAUAAUUUGAUUGAUGGAGGAAUUCUUGGCUCUGCUACUGCAGAUAAAAGACAUGGAGCUGUAAGUGAUGCAGAUGAAAACAAAAAUGUCAUACCAGAUGCUGCAGAAGAAUUGGGAGAGACUAAAAAUCUUGCACCUGUUGAGGAAAAUCAGUGUUUGGCUUCAGUUGAGCCUGAACCCUGUUUAGAUUCAUCAAAUGGUCAACACAAGCAAGCAGUCCAUGAGUUUUCAUAUUCUCAAAACUGGGAAGCCUAUCAGCUACUCUGUCAUCAGUACUAUGAUCUCGAGGAAAAGAGGCAAAGGAUUCUGCAUCAGCUUCAACAAUUUGGUUGUUAUGGUCACCAAUGUCCUACUGAAAGUUAUGAUUCUAGCCAACAAUGGGAUACCUGCUGUACUUAUGAAGAUCAUUCAGUCCCUACAACCAAACCUUCAUUCUCAACUGUUGCCUGUUCAUGUUGCCCAUAUGUUUGUCAUGGUUCAGCAGCACCAUGCACUUCAUUUCCCACUUGUUCUUUGUGUGGAACAUGUGAUGAGAAAAUGCAUGCUAAUUCUUCUGCAGCAAUAGGUCCUGCAAAGCAUUCCCCUCACAACAAUGAUGACAUUGUUAAGACAGCAAUGGAAGCUGCAGAAAGAGCAAUGUCUUCUAUGAAGGCGAUAUCAUCCAUUAAUUCUGGUGCAGAAGGUACUUCUAGUGACUUACCUCCAGUUCCAUCAUCACCUACUUCGGUCAUGCCUUCAGUAGCAAUAGCUACUCCUCUUGCUCUCCGAAAAGAGAAAGGGAAAGGAAAAGACGGUGAGGAAAUGUAUCAAAGCACCAGCUCUGAAACAGAUAUAAGUGUCGUUUUAAAUGCUUGGUACUCUGCAGGCUUCUACACGGGCAAGUACCUUACAGAGCAAUCUAUUAUGAAGAAAAAGCACUAAUGGGCUAAAUACUGAACUGUGGAGAAGCGGUACAGUGAAUUAUUUGCAAUUUUUUUAUGUAUCCACUUUGUUGAAAAGCAAGUGUUCACAAACUGGUUCUUUUUCUUUUUGGUUUUUAUAUGCUUCGAUAUUAGUUGCCAGUUUUCUUUUUCUUCUUAAUUUCACUGGCUUGGAGCUUCACAUAUUAGAGAUUAUUCAUUUUAAUACAAAGACCAUACAAGUGCUUGCAUUGCUUUA